AGACGACGCAGAGGGCCUCCCUGUCCUGUGACUUUGCUUUGCCAGUGAUGAUUUCCAGGUUACUGUGUAGGAGCGUCUGGCCCACGAUCGUGUGCGGAAGACCGAGAGAGGGAGUGUGCGUGUGAGCCACUCAGGCCGGGCGGGUCCAUAUCCGGGGGUGGGAGGGGCCGCCCCUCCCUCCAGGUCCCGAGGUGGAUAGGGGGUGGGGAGUGACGCGCAGAGAUUCCCUUUCGUCCCUUCGGAUCCUGAGAGGGUGGCAGAAGGAAUGCGAGGGUGACUCGGCGUGGAUUUAGGGCGUGCCCACCUUGCAGAUCGGCCUCCUAGAGUGUCCCCAGGGCCUGAGACGCCGCGGGGACAAGGAAGAAGAGGAGGAGGAACCCGAAAAGGGCUCGCCUAGCCUGCCACCGGCUCCGAACUUGCCCGAGAAACUAGUGCGGAGGGAGGGGCCGGCCCUGGCCGCGGCGGGAGGAGGGGCGGUUGCAGCUGCAUCCAGCCCCGUUGGCUUCCUUCCCGGCUCUCCUUCGCCUCCUCCUCCUUUUCCUCCUGUAUGAGUCAGGCAUUUCCCGGGGAUUUGGAGCAGCCACGCGCGGCCCGGGCGCACGGAGCUGUAGCAGCCGCCGCCGCCGCCGCCGCUGCUGCCGCCGUGCCGCGGCCGCUACCGCGGCGAGCACCCGCGUCCCGGGCGCGCACGGAUCAUGGAGAGGGCGGCCCAGGGCGCAGACGGCGGCGGGGGCAGCAACAGCAGCAGCCGCAGCAGCAGCCGUGCCACCUCGGCGGGCUCCUCGCCCUCCUGCUCCUUGGCGGGCCGAGGGGUCUCCAGCCGGUCGGCGGCGGCCGGGCUUGGUGGCGGGGGCAGCCGCAGCAGCCCGGGCUCGGUGGCCGCUAGCCCGUCCGGAGGAGGCGGCCGCAGGAGGGAGCCGGCGCUCGAGGGCGUGCUCAGCAAAUACACCAACCUCCUCCAGGGCUGGCAGAACAGGUACUUCGUGCUGGAUUUCGAGGCUGGCAUCCUGCAGUAUUUUGUGAAUGAGCAAAGCAAACACCAGAAGCCGCGAGGAGCCCUGUCUCUGUCCGGAGCCAUAGUGUCCCUGAGCGACGAAGCUCCGCACAUGCUGGUCGUGUACUCUGCUAACGGAGAGAUGUUUAAACUGAGAGCUGCUGAUGCAAAAGAGAAACAGUUUUGGGUGACUCAGCUUCGAGCUUGCGCCAAAUACCACAUGGAAAUGAAUUCUAAGAGUGCUCCAAGCUCCCGAAGCCGAAGUCUCACUUUGCUCCCCCAUGGAACACCCAAUUCUGCGUCUCCCUGUAGCCAGAGACACCUCAGUGUGGGGGCCCCCGGUGUGGUCACAAUCACGCAUCACAAGUCGCCUGCAGCCGCCCGAAGAGCCAAGAGUCAGUAUUCCGGCCAGCUUCACGAAGUCAGAGAGAUGAUGAGCCAGGUGGAAGGGCAGCAGAAGAACCUCGUGCACGCCAUCGAGUCCCUGCCAGGUUCCGGCCCCCUCACUGCCCUGGACCAGGACCUGCUGCUCCUGAAAGCCACCUCUGCUGCCACCCUCAGCUGCCUUGGGGAGUGCCUCAGUUUGUUACAGCAGAGCGUGCACCAGGCAGGUCAGCCCAGCCACAAGCCAGGAGCCUCGGAAAACAUCCUGGGAUGGCACAGGCCCAAGUCACAUUCCACAGAGCAGCUGAAAAAUGGGACACUUGGCUCUUUGCCAUCAGCCAGUGCCAACAUAACCUGGGCAAUUUUACCAAACUCCACUGAAGAUGAACAAACCUCACAGCCAGAGCCAGAGCCAAACUCAGGCUCUGAACUGGUUUUGUCUGAAGAUGAAAAAAGUGACAAUGAAGAUAAGGAAGAGACGGAAUUGGGCGUCAUGGAGGAUCAGCGUAGUAUCAUUCUUCAUCUCAUUUCACAACUCAAACUCGGAAUGGAUUUGACCAAGGUGGUGCUUCCCACCUUUAUCCUGGAGAAACGAUCUUUGCUGGAGAUGUAUGCAGAUUUUAUGGCGCACCCAGACCUACUGCUGGCCAUCACUGCCGGGGCCACGCCAGAGGAGAGAGUCAUCUGCUUCGUGGAGUAUUAUCUCACAGCCUUUCACGAGGGCCGCAAGGGCGCUUUGGCCAAGAAGCCCUACAACCCCAUCAUAGGCGAGACGUUUCACUGCUCCUGGGAGGUUCCCAAGGACAAGGUCAAGCCUAAGAGGACUGCUCCCCACUCUCCUGCCGGCUGUCAUGAACACCCGAUGGCCGAUGACCCUUCCAAAAGCUACAAACUAAGGUUUGUGGCUGAGCAAGUGUCCCAUCACCCACCCAUCUCCUGCUUCUACUGUGAGUGCAAGGAGAAGAGACUGUGCGUCAACACUCACGUAUGGACCAAAAGCAAGUUCAUGGGCAUGUCCGUGGGGGUCUCUAUGAUAGGGGAAGGUGUGCUGAGGCUCCUGGAACACGAGGAGGAGUAUGUAUUCACGCUGCCUAGUGCCUACGCCCGGUCCAUUCUCACCAUCCCGUGGGUGGAGCUCGGAGGAAAAGUCAGCAUCAACUGUGCCAAGACUGGGUACUCGGCCACGGUGAUAUUCCACACAAAGCCUUUCUAUGGAGGGAAAGUCCACAGGGUUACCGCGGAAGUGAAGCAUAAUCCAACCAACACCAUUGUUUGUAAGGCCCACGGGGAAUGGAACGGUACUUUAGAGUUCACCUACAGCAAUGGAGAAACCAAAGUCAUCGACACAACGACACUGCCAGUAUAUCCCAAGAAGAUCAGACCUCUGGAGAAGCAGGGGCCCAUGGAGUCCAGGAACCUCUGGCGGGAGGUGACCCGAUACCUGCGGCUGGGGGACAUUGAUGCAGCCACCGAGCAGAAGCGGCACCUGGAGGAGAAGCAGCGGGUGGAGGAACGGAAGCGCGAGAACCUCCGGACACCUUGGAAGCCCAAAUAUUUUAUCCAGGAGGGCGAUGGCUGGGUAUACGUCAAUCCCCUCUGGAAGGCACACUGAUGAAGUGGAGGUGCAGAGCUUCCCAGUAGAGCCCUGCUUUUGUAGGAAUAUUAAAGUAGUAGAGUAUCAGGGUUUUGUUGGCAUUCACUGAGACCUUGUAUUAGCAUCCAAGACAUAACAGAGAAAUUACAUGCUAGGGAAAGUGCACCCCCACACUCUGCUAGAGGAACGAGUUUAUUCAAGAGCCAUUUGGGGCAUGUGCGUGUCCACGGUACAUGUUCACACGCAUGUACUAGGUACACAUCUGAGUAUGAUACAUGUAAAUACUACACUCACCAAGGUUGAAGUGGGUAAUCAUGAGCUCCUUUUUAUCAAUGAAGUUUGAAGUUUUCUAUUUUUCACUUUGCCAAAAAUGUUUUACACUCACAAAGAUAUUCUCACUUAGUCAACUCCUGUCAAAAUGAAGGAGACCUGGCGUGGUUCGAUGACCAUCCAUAUGGGAGAAAGUGGCUCACUCCUGGUAGAAGUAUGGGUGGCUAUCAUUUCAAAAUUAUUGAGAUUCUCACCUCCUUCCCCGCCUGAGUGUUUCGUCUGUGCACACCCAAGAAAGACAAGCAAGUGUUUCCUGCUGGGUGGGGGUUGGAAGGAAGCUGGUAAGGAUUUAUGCCAGAGCCUUGCAGGAUGGAGCGCCUCUGGGAGAACUCAGAGCCAAGGCCCACCAAGUACUUUUCCACCCGUCUCUCAUGGUCACAGCGCUAGUCAUACAUUGUUGAGAAGUCACUUGUUUUACAUCAGAAAAUCAAUCAUAUGGAGACUUCUUUUACGACGAAAAAGGGCUUUAGAAGUUAAAUACAUGCAUGCACAUGCAAACAUGCACAACCACAGCCUCAAUCUUGUAUUUAGUUUGGGGAAAGAGAAGAGAAUUUCCUGUGGAUUUUUUUUCCCUCAAGUGCACCUCUCUGGUUGACCCAAACUCUGCAAGAAAGCACUGUGAUUAAAACAUACAUAACGCCUGCAUAUGUGUUCCAUGGUUUCAGUUAAAUGUCAUCCUUUAGCCUUUACAGAUGAGGUCAAAGGAGUGACCAAAAUGCAAAGCAAGGGAAAAAUGAAAUAUCUGGUUUUUGCUGAAUGCUUAAUUUAUUUUUUACUGUGCCACUCCAAUGAUAUUUAUAAAAUCCAAAUAGCAUGAAAGCUUCUCUGUAGUAAUACUAAUUUUGUGCCUUUUGUCUGCUUUCUUAAGACCAGUUGUUCACACUUUGUAGAUAUUAGACAAAUAUAUUUCGAUUGAAUAC